UCCAAUUCAAGGCGCUUCCUCAUGCUUCUCACUCGGACCAGGUAGCGAAACCAUGCUGCGAACUGCCGUGGAGACGAAGCUGCUGCCCAAAGGGAAAGGUGGCUACAAACCCCCGAUGACACGGUCCAUCGAGAUCGAAGAACACGAUGAGGACAGCGAUUCGGGCAAGGACUCGGCCGAAGAGCAGCUCGAGCAGCUCGUGUUCGGUUCCGCUUCAAAACCUGCAAAGACAUCUCGGAAGGACAAGGCAAGACCAAAGAGAAAGAAAAAACGCCAAGAAAGCGACAGCUCUGCCAGCAACAGCGAUGAGGAGACAGCUGUCGAUGAUGCACCAUCAAAACCUUCUGGAAAGAAGAAACCAGCCUGGAUUGACCAAGACGAUGAAAAGAUUCUGGUCAAGGACAAGGUGGAGGUCAUGAAGAAGGCUACCUCUGACAUGUGGGCCAACGAGGAUGCGCAGUACUCUGAGCACCUCAAGAAACGGUACGAAAAGCUGAUGGGUGUUCCAAAAUGGGCCGAACAGCAGGAUGCUCAACAAUCCUCAGACGAGGAGGAUGACGAAAUGCUGCGCAAGGUCGGAAGCUACGUCGUGAAGGCUGCUCACCUGACGCCUGGCGUGCUUGGGAUCCACAAGUGCCGGCCGCUCAAUUCUGAAGCCAAGGAAAAUACUAUCCUCAAGAGCGUGGAGUUCCACCCAAGCUCCCAGGUGGCGCUUGCAGCUGGUCUUUCCGGAACGGCUACCAUUUACCAGGUGGAUGGCAAAGUGAACCCCAAGAUCCAAGCCGUCCACUUCGACCGGUUUCCGAUCCACUGCGCCCACUUCUCGAGGGACGGGCGGGAGAUGCUGGUUGGCUCCUCUCAGCGGGACCACAUGUUCUGCUACGACAUGAUGGCCGGCAAGACCAGCCAGAUCCGCUUCCCCAAAGGACUGAACAUGACCAACACCAAGCAGUUCUACGUGUCGCCCGACGGUGAACAUCUCGCCGUGUGCGGAAGGUUCGGCGAAGUUCAUCUUCUUUCCUGCAAGUCGAAGGAGUGCGUGGACACCCUGAAAAUGAACAAUGAGGUCAAGUCUGUGGCAUUCAGCGAGGACGGUUCUGUCAUCUACACUCUGGGUGGAAAUGAGAUCUGCAUCUGGGACGUGAAGAGUCGGAAGUGCCAGCACCGCUUCAAUGACCACGGCUGCGUGAGCGGUCUGUCCCUGGCUGCUUCGCCAAACGGACAGUACCUUGUGUCUGGCUCGGACACCGGUGUCGUCAACGUGUACGAGACGUCGAAGCUGCUGGGAACUAGGUACCCGACGCCGGCAAAGGCCAUCAUGAACCUGACGACCGAAGUGACGCAGCUCAAGUUCAACUGCACCUCCGAGCUCCUCGCCAUGAGCUCUUCCUUCAAGGCCAGCUCCGUCAAGCUGGUCCAUUUCCCCAGCCUGACUGUGUUCUCAAACUUUCCCGGCAAGCACGACCUGAAGUACCCCAACUGCGUCGACCUAUCGCCGCACAGCGGCUACUUCGCGUGCGGCGACAACCUGGGGACUGCGCACCUGUUCAGGUUGAAGCAUUUCACCAAUUUCUGAGAUGCCUGCUGUGUCGGGGCAAGGUUUCCAUUAAUUAACUGAGAGUCCCUGCUGUGUAAUAAAUAUAUAUAUAUAAAA